UUGGAUUCGGUCGGACUUACAGCUUGCGCGCGGGUUGCAGUGUGUGCCACAACCAAACCAAACCCCCCAGAGCCUUUGGUUGGCACAGGCACAUGGUUGGUGCUGACGGUCUUUUCUGCGAUGCGCGGAUUGCCGUCAAUGUUGUGUUUGUUUGCGAAUUUGGUCGCGCCUGCGUGAGAAUUUUGAACACUGCUGGUUUGCUAUCGUUGCAAACACGCGAUCGUCUGUGAAAAAUUGUAGCUACUGGGCGAAGUUUUCUUUUCGGUGCACUUUAGUCCGGAUUUGGUGUUUCUCCAUGAAAACUGUGUGCAUGAGAUAUUCGUAAUUCAACAGUUUUGUCCUUGAAAGUGUUGGCGGUUGAAUAUUCAUGAAUUUGUAGCGAAACUGCAACAAUUGAGUGUGUUUGUUUUCAAGUGCUUGUGGUGAUAUACAGUGCGUUGCAUCGAAAAUGGUGAACAAACAAUACAACGUUCACAACCCAAAGUUACAUAAGUCCAAGAGUGGACAGAAUUCGCCACCGCCAGUGCGAAAUAAUCCGGAGGUUUCCAAUCAGCCGAAUCCUCCAGACAUGAGUGGGUCGUUGGAGAACAAUCUGAAUCACAGUGUUGAACAUCGUUCUCACCAUCAUAUUCAGCAUAAUAACCAUCACCACCAUCGCCAUCAGCAGAAUCAAUUGCAGAAUAACUUGGAUUUGGAUGUUCGUCGCCGUAACGGUGGCUCGAACAGUCCAUCGGAGGAAGACUUUGGCGAAGAUGGUGUCUACGGGAGAAACAUCACUUAUUACAGCGAAACCACCCAGCUCGGUGGUGGCGGUGCCAGUUGUGAAAGCCCAUCAGGUGCUGGCAGCAACGAGCGCGUCCACGUGAAGGAUUUGACCAUCAAUGACAUUGGCCGAUUUCAGUACAUUUUACAAAUGGAUCGAGAAGUGGGCACGCCGUACAGCGGAUACACAUCAGCCUCCUCCCAAAACUCCCCCUCCGCACCAAAUUCCCUGCCCAGUCAUUUGCACCAGAGUCGCCAGAGCUACAAUUUUUGGAAGGCUGGCUCACAAACUCCCUUAACCAGUGCAUCCUCUGUAAACUCCUUCUUCCGACCUUCAUCCCAUUCACGAUGUUGCCUGUGGAAGGCCCUCAAACUGAUAUGGCGCUUCAUCAAAUGGCCGUUGGGUUUACUGUUGAUAUGCAGUCUUUUAGGCUUAGUAGUUUACUUUUUGGUUGUAGAUAGGGAUAUCAUGAGCAGUCCAUUGUUUGGAGAACACAGCAUCUACGAUGUACAGGAAAACCUCUCUAUCGAUUUCAACGAUUUUACGCAUACGAAUGAUUUGGACAGCGGCCCUGUGACCACCUUCGGUCGAGAUCACAAGGACAAAGGAACAGGAUUCUCCAAAGACGGGUCGACACCAAAUUCAAAAUUCUCGUUUGGCCUCAACAACGAUUUGCUAGCGAUUUUCGUCAAGAAGACCGAGCAAAAUCGAAACGAAGGCCACAGCGUGUGGUCAUCAACGGAGCAUGAGAAUUUGAGCGAAGAAACGCCUGCCACGGUGGAGAGAAUUACCAGCAGCACAACCCGUGCUCCGAUUCGGAAAACCAGCACAAUUUCACUGAAGGACUACACCAAGGCACGGGUGAACUUCGAUGAUGACGAUGAAUUGGACCACGGAGCCGCCAUCAACGAGCAUACGACACGGGCCAUAGAUGCUGGAAUCGAUUCCAACGGCAGACAGAAAAACCUUACCAUCACUUCGUCGACCACGGAUUCCAGUCUGUACCGGACAAAGGUUUCCCCAACGCUGCCCAUACUGUCCCGGUUCGAAAUAACCACCGAAGGUUUGAAACGAUUCAAUAUUUCCGAAGAAGGUACUGCACACAAGCCAACAGACAGCCCCGCAGGCAUCUGCAAGUCCACCUCGCUACCUCUGUGUAGAGCAGUGCUGCCCUACGAUCUCACAACCUCCAAAAACCCACAGCUAACCAACAUCGAGUAUGAACAUUUCCAGUACCUUAUCAACUCGAAAUGUUCGGUGCGUGUUGCGGAAUUUGUAUGUCUGGUACUGGAGCCGGAAUGUCGACCAACCCGAAUGGGAACACUGAGUCCCUGCAAGAGGAUCUGCAAAUCAAUUCUGGAACCAUGUGCGCAUAUUAUUGCCAGUUCGGAAGUUUUGACAGCGACGUUCGAUUGCGAUAUCUAUCCAGAUUCCAACGAUCGAAACGUGUGCGAGGAUCCUACUCGUCAGAGUGACUGCCACGCGAAUGAGUUCCAAUGUGCGGAUUCCAGUUGUAUCCCUCUACAGUGGAAAUGCGACAACAUAAAGGACUGCCAAAAUGGUGCAGACGAGGCGGAUUGUAAGUUUUGCGAGCGCGAUGAAUAUCGCUGCCUGUCCAACGACAAAUGCAUACCCGAUAAAUGGCGCUGCGACCAGUACGAAGAUUGUCCCGAUGCGUCAGACGAACUGGAUUGUUACUAUGAUGAACCUACUACCUUUCCAACUGGUUUUGGCAGCCAGCGCGAGUAUCCGUUCGUGCAGGUACAAGUGCCCAACAGUCCUGUCCAUGGGAAGCCUUAUCUGACCAUUACCAACGAAGAUAGGGAACGAAAUCAACAGCAGGAACGCAAUGCUCGCCCUUACCCGGAUUAUGAGUCUUCGAGAGAAGACGAGUACGAGCCCACGGCAGCAGAGAACGUACCGCAAAUAAAUCUAAAGAACCGAACGGACCCGAUUGAGAAUAAGACAGAACGCGUGGAAGACCAAACCGAGGCCGAGACCAGCCAAACGAUAUCAAUCCCCAAAUCUUUAAGUAAUUUUCAGGACAGCAAAGAAAUAAUGAUGACGUCGGAUUCGGAGAACGACUACAAAUACAGUAGUACGAGCAGGUCAUUCCUGACGACUGCCCACGCGUCUCCGUGUCCCGAAGGGGAGCUACGAUGCGUCAGCGGUAUUUGCAUUUCCGUGAGCCAAUUAUGUGAUAAAUAACUAUUUCUAGGUAACAGACUGCGCCGAUGGCGCCGAUGAAGCCAUGUGUGUUUAUAAGGAUUAAUACUCAAAGCAUCGGAACGAACUCAACCAGAGCAAAAGUUGAAAACCAUGACCAGAAAGAUUUUGUUUUAUCAUAGCGUAGCACUGCCCUGAGAUUGAUUUAUCUUUCUUCUCUCUUUCCAGUGUAGAAAAAGGAUACGAUCGAAUUGUAUUUAUAGAGUGAUUUUACUUGUUAACUCGUUGUUAGAUAUGCGGAUCAUACUGGAAAAAUUCAUCCCGCGACCACAAUUAUCGUUACCAUUGUUGAAGAGUUACCCCCUAUGAUUGUGUAUUAUUAGUUCAUUAAGAAUGCUAGGACAAUAUGUGUAAUAUUAUCAAUGAUUAGGAUGUGCACGUUGGAAUGGCGAAAUAGUUCGCAAAAUGAAAAGUUUUACGUAACAUAUUUCGUGCAGCCAACAAUUGGAAAUUUCAUUCAAAAUUGGUAUUCCACUUGAUAGAAACGCGUUGUAAAUAAGCCAUUUUUAUCGUUCGUAUCAUUUCAUAUAAACUUUUGUAAAUCAAUGUUUCAAUAAAUUUUAUGUUGAAUAUAUAAAA